ACGGCUAUUCUGGAUUUUUGUAUGGCGUGCGUGGAUGUAAGAAUCACAGUGGGCAUGGUGAAUGCCUUCAAACAUGCAUUGAUGGUCUAGGUGAAAUGGUUUUUUAAGUGAAUAGCAAUGUCAAAAAGAACAACAAUAAUCAUUUUUAUGAUAUUGAAGUGAAGUCAGAACAAAUGGAAUGUCUAGGGUAAUCACCAAUAAGAUACCUCAUUAUCCAUCCAUUCUUUCCAUCUCUAGAUGUUAUAUUUUCUAAUAGGGUAUAUUCAAGUAACACUGGAAUCUUGUUAAUAUGGAUUAUGGACAAUCGCAUACAUUAGCCUUUGUGAUUGUAGCUCGCCCAGUCUCAUCAUGCCUGUUAUUGCCAGGAUUUGUACUGGAAUAGCCUUGCAUCCAGUAAUGACAUGUGCUGUAGUGUGUAGCUGCUGCAGUUGCCACCAUCCAGUGUUGACAAUUCUGCCUGUCUCCAGCCAGGACCUCGCCCGCUAAAAUAGGACGCUCCAGGCACGAUGACGGCGGCGGCACGCACCUACGUGCGGUACGCGCACCCGGAGGGCCGCGUCGGCCUGGCUUACCUGGGCGGCGGCGAGCGGCUGGCCACGGCCGGCGCCGACGGCGAGCUGAGGCUCUGGACCGGCGUCGAGGACGACGACCCCGAGUCGUUCCCGCUGGGCGAGACGCUGACGGCGCUGGCGGCCGCCGGCGAGCGGCUAGUGGUCGGCACGGACGCGCACGCCGUGGCGCUCCUCCGGCUGCCGGAGCUGAGCGCUGACGGCGUGCUGACGCGCUACACGGCGCCCGUCACGGACAUCUGCGCCGCCGGCGCGCUGGUCGCCUCGGCCGGCUGCGACAUGCUGGUGCGCGUCUGCUCUCUGGACGGCGAGCGCCAGCUGGAGCUGGACGGCUUCGGCGCGCCGGUGCUGAGCGUGGCGCUGAGCCCGAGCGCCGCCGUGCUGCUCACCACCUGCUGCGACGGCAAGGUCACCUUCUGGGACGCCCGCUCGGGCCGCCGACUGGCCGCGCACGCGCUGCUGGCCGUCAGUAACGACGUGAGCACGGCGCCGAGUCCGGCGCGGCCCUCCUGGAGCCCCGACGGCCGCUCGGCGGCCGUGCCCGUCGGCGACGGCGUACGCCUGUUCGGCGGCGACGACUGGUCCGAGCGGCGCCGGCUGAGCAGCGAGCUCAUCACCCGGCCGGUGACGGCGUGCGCGUUCUCGCCGUGCGGCCGGUUCGUGGCGGCGGCCACCGCCGACGGCCUGCUGCUCGAGUGGCGGCUGGCCGGGGACGGGCCGGCACGCCAGCUGGACCGCCACGAGGGCCGGCUGCGCGUCAACGCGCUCUGCUGGCACCCGGACGGAGACCGGCUGGCGUUCACCGACAACGCGGGCCAGCUGGGCGUGACCUCCAACGUGCGCGCCGGCCGGGCGGCCGCCCCCGCCGCCGCCGCCGCCGACCCGGACGCCCUGAUGGGCAUCGACAGCCUGCAAGACGCCAUCGAUGACGACGACGACCGCGAUCUGUUGGAGGCCGCCCUGGACGGCGAGAAGAACACGCUCGACGACCCGAAACUCAUCGACGACGACGACGAAGAGGAUGACAACGUGAUAUCGCUCCGCAAGAUAAAGGCUGAGUCGGGUUUCCUGUCGGACGCUGACGGCGAGCCGACCGACGGCGCCACUGAGGCCCGCCCGUCAGCGGCGCCCGCGGCCGCCCCGCCGGCGCCCCGCGGGCCCGCGUUCGCCGAGCCGCAGCCGGCGUUCCAGCCGGGCAGCACGCCGGCCCACCUGGAGCGCCGCUUCAUGGUGUGGAACGCGGUGGGCGUGGUGACCGCUCACGAGGCCGACUCGAUCGACGUCGAGUUCCACGACACGGCCGUGCACCACCCGCUGCACCUGCGCAACACGCUGGGCCACACGCUGGCGGCGCUGUCGGAGCGGGCGCUGCUGCUGGCGGCGCCCGCGCAGGACGACGCGCCCGCCAAGCUGCAGUGCCUCCACUUCAGCUCGUGGGACUCCAACAAGGAGUGGUACCUGGACCUGGCCGACGGCGAGGAGCCCGAGGCGGUGGCGCUGGGCGCCGACUGGCUGGCCGUGGCCACCAACCGCCGGCUGCUGCGCGUGCUGACGCUGACGGGCGUGCAGCUGCGCGUGCUGAGCCUGUGCGGCCGGCCGGUGUGUCUGGCCGGCUGGGAGGACCGGCUGCUGGUGGUCCACCACGCCGGCACCGGCCUGCCCGGCGAGCAGAGCCUGGCCGCCCAGCUGCUGUCGGCUGCCGGCCGCCGGCCGCCGUCGCUGGCGCCGGCGCCGGUGCCCGUGCCGCUGGCGCCCCAGUCGCGGCUGGUGUGGGCCGGCUUCAGCGACCAGGGCACGCCGUGUGUGGCCGACUCGAGCGGCGCGCUGCGGCUGCUGACCGGCCGGCAGGGCGCCGCCUGGACGCCGCUCGAGGCGCCGCACCCGGGCGCCGACCACCUGUUCGUGGUGGGCGUCUCGGAGCUGGAGCAGACGGCGCGCGGCCUGCUGUGCCGCGGCAGCCGGUACCCGGCCGUGCUGCCGCGGCCCGUGCUCAGCGUGCUGCCGCUGCGCCUGCCGCUGGCCGAGGCCGACUCGGCGCGCGGCAAACUGGAGGAGGAGGCGGCGCGCGCGCGCCUCCUGCUCGACACGCUCAGCCGGCUGGACGCGGCCGGCUUCGAGACGGAGGAGGCGGCCGUGGAGCCGCGCCGGGCGCGCGCCGCCGCGCUCACCCAGCUGUUCGCGCUGGCGGUGCGCACCGACCGCGAGCACCGGGCGCUGGACGUGGCCGCGCAGAUGGAGCAGGUGGCCACCGUGGAGGCCGUGGCCGGGUACGCGUCCCGCCAGCGGCGGGCCGUGCUCGCCCAGCGGCUCAUGGAGCUGGCCCAGACACUGGCCGACGCGCCCGACGAUGACGACGAGCCCGAGCCGGCGGCCGAGGACUGGGCGCCGCGCGCGGCGGCCGAGCGGGCGCCGUCGGAGCGUGUGGCGGAGCCGGAGCGGGUGCCGCGGCGCGCACAGACCCCAGACCAGCUGUCCGAGGCGGAGGAGGAGGAGGGCGGGGAGGACGGCCCGCCGCCAGUGCCCGUGCUGCCGGAGAUAGCAGAGAAGUCGGGUGACGCCGCGAGCCGGUCCGAUAUCGCUCCCGGCCGACUGACGCCCUGUAACCCGUUCAAAUGCCAGCCGGCCAAGCCGGCCACUCAGGCUGGCAAAGGCGCCGCCGUGUUCGAUGAUAUCAAGCGGCAGGAGGCGCCGGCGAAACGGACGCUGCCAGAAGGUAAGGCGGCCAGGGGCGGCGCCAAACCAAAGAGGCCACGAGUCUCGAAAGAUGCCGCCGGUAAACUGGGCUCCAUCAAGAGCGCGUUCGCGCCCAAACCGCGCGUAGAGAAGGAGAAUCUUGAUGAUUCUGAGAAGUGCGAGACCAGCGACGUGUCCGAAAAUAGUACAAAGAGUGCCCCGAAGGUAGGCUCCGGUCUCGCCAAGUUGUCAGCCUUUGCUUUUACGGAGAAGUGAACUAAAUGAUUCCGGCUCCCUUUUAAAUGCGUUUUUUUUUUUCGCUCCAAUGAGAGGAGGUUUAAACAUUUUAUCCUGUUUUGCAGUAACGUGGCUCGAAGGGUCUUACGGCCUCAUAUAUGUAAAGGAUUGAAAGACUGUAGUGCCGCAGUCUCUUGUGCUCUACCUUGGGGCGUGUAAAUACAUUACAUGUGCUAG